UCUCUUUAUCUUCUAAUUUUCAGCUUUUCAUUAUUCAAGCUAAUAGUUUUCUCGAGAGUACACAAAAACACCGAGGAACAAAGCAACUAUAUCUGAAUUUUCAUCAAGUGAUAAAGAUUCGGAAAUUUUGGCUAGUGAAACUUGAAAGACACUUAUAGUCAUGGAAAAACAAGGAGAAACAGCAAAAGGGAAAGCAAACAAUUUUGAGGUAUCAUUUUCUGCUCUUCGCAAGGAUGUUGUCAACGUUCAAGAUUUCAUGGAGAGGUUAAAGAAUGAAGAAGAUCAAAAUGCUGUCGACAUGGCCGAUCAAAUUGAAGAGCUGAAAUUUCAGCUGGCAGUUAUUUGUACAUAUGUCCAGCUUUCUCAUUGUGAUUUGGAAGAGUUUAAAGAUGAAAUGAGUGAUUCAAGACAAAGGGUUGAGAAUCUGCUUCGACAAAUUUUGGUCGGAUGUCAAUACAACAUGGAUCAUGUUCUUCCUAGCCUCAUGGAUAAUAUCGAUGAUUGUAUCAGCUCGUGUCAUCAUUCUACACCAAGUGCCACCAUGACUGACGAGCAGUUGAACUUCCUCCUCCUGAAUCUCCAUCAUAUAUCCAUGCAUCUUGCUGAACAGAUAUUUCCAUUAGAGACUCAGUAUGAGAUUCUUCAGAAAGUGUCUGGCAACAUGAAAGAUUUCCAUGGGUUGAUAGUGAAUGGUUGCAUUGAGCACGAGAUUGUUCAAUAUGUCUUGCCUCAGCUUCAACGUAUGGCUGAGAGAGUUGGACUCUUCCUUUGGAAUGAUCGAACUUAUGGAGACUCUCGACAGUUCAAGCUGGCACAUCUACUCAUGAAGAUUAUUCCAAUUGAACUGGAGGUGAUGCAAAUAUGUUAUACAAAUUUGAAAGCUUCACCAUCAGUACAAGUUGGACGCUUUAUUAAGCAACUCCUUGAAACCUCGCCGAAAGUUCUGAGAGAAUAUCUGAUUCAUCUACAAGAGCACAUGGUAACGGUUAUUACCGCAAGCACUUCAGGGGCUCGAAACAUUCAUGUCAUGAUAGAGUUCCUAUUAAUUGUUCUUACUGAAAUGCCGAAGGACUUUAUUCAUCAUGACAAAUUAUUUGAUCUUUUGGCACGUGUUGGAGCACUUAUCAGGGAGGUAUCAACUCUCGUUCACGACUUAGAAGAAAAAUCAAGGAAUGAAGAGAGUACCGAUGAAACAACUCUAGACUUGCUGGAAGAAAAACUUGAACUCCUCAAGGAAGAUCUCAAAAAUGAUUAUCUGAAAGCCCCAGACUCAUUUCAAUGGUGCUUCCCCAUGAGUGAUGGACCGUUCUUCAUGCAUCUUCUACUCAUCCACUUGAAUGAUCUGCUAGAUUCCAAUUCUUAUUCAAUUGCUUUGAUAAAGGAAGAAAUUACCCUGGUGAAAGAAACCCUCGAAUUCAUAAGAUCGUUCUUCGUGAAUGUUGAGCAAGGAUUGUAUAAAGAUCUCUGGGCACGUGUUUUAGAUGUGUCAUCUGAGGCUAAAGCUGUCAUCGAUUCAAUUAUCAUAAGAGAGAAUGGGCUCUUACAUUUUAUUUUCUCACUUCCCAUCACCAUAAAAAAGAUCAACAUUAUCAAAGAAGAUGUCUCCCAAUUACCGGAGAAGAUUCCCAAGAACAAGAGCCUCAUUGUUGUAAACUCUCCCAAGAAUCCAGUUGAAAGAAAGUUAUUGACAACUAGUAAAAUAAUUGUAGGUUUUGAGGAGGAGACAAACUGGUUAAUUACUAUGCUCACCAGUGGACCGAAAGAUCUUGAUGUCAUUUCAAUCACUGGUAUGCCGGGUUCGGGCAAAACUACUUUGGCAUACAAAGUAUACAAUGACAAAUCAGUUUGUAGUCAUUUCGACCUUCGUGCAUGGUGCACUGUCGACCAAGAUUAUGACGAGAAGGACGUGUUGGUAAAACUUUUUAAUCAAGUUACUGGCUCAGCAUUGAAGUUCAGUAAGGAUAUUGAUGUUGCUGAUAUGCUACGGAGACAACUGUUUGGAAAGAGGUACCUAAUUGUGUUAGAUGAUCUGUGGGAUACUACUACAUGGGAUGAUUUAACAAAACCAUUCCCUGAUGUUGAGAAAGGAAGUAGAAUUAUUUUGACGACUAGACAAAAGGAAGUGGCUUUUCAUGGAAAGGGCAGAACUGAUCCUCUUAACCUUCGAUUGCUAAGACCAGAAGAAAGUUGGGAGUUAUUAGAGAAGAGGGCAUUUGGAAAAGAGAGUUGCCCUGAUGAACUAUUGGAUGUCGGAAAAGAAAUAGUCCAAAAUUGCAAGGGACUUCCUUUGGUUGUUGAUCUGAUUGCUGGCGUCAUUGCAGGGAGGGAAAAGACGAAGGCUGUGUGGCUUGAAGUUCGAAAUAAUUUGAAGUCCUUUAUUUUGAACAGUAAAGUUGAUGUGAUGAAGGUUAUAGAAUUAAGUUAUGACCAUUUACCUCAUCACAUGAAGCCAUGUUUUCUCUACCUUGCAAGAUAUUCAAAGGAUGCAAAAAUUGACCGAGAUUUGUUGAAAAUAAAUUGGCGUGCUGAAGGGCUUGUUGAACAGAUAGAGAAGAUGAGUUUGGAAGAAGUUAUGGAUAAUUUAAUUUCCAGUAGCUUGGUAAUUACUUUUAAUGAGAUAGGUAAUGACCCGACUUGCCAACUACAUGAUCUUGUGCACGACUUUUGUUUGAUAAAAGCAAAAGAGGAAAAUUUAUUUGGCCGGAUAAGUUCAAGUGCUCCAUCUUCUUCUUCACAUUUGAUGCCACGUAUAGUGACCAUUGAUUAUGAUAAGGAGUGCUUUGAGAGUAACAAUUUCAUCCUGUUUAGUUCAAAAAUGAAAAGGCAUUCUGGUAAACACCUCUAUUCUUUGACGAUAACUGGAUACAAGAUGGUCGACAGACUUUCUGAUGCAUGUCACCUAAGAGACUUGAGGCUUCUUAGAGUGUUGAUCCUGUAUCCGUCCAUUAUGAUGGUGAAAGAUUCUUUGUUGAAUGAAAUAGGCAUGUUGAAUUAUUUGAGGUACUUAAGAAUUGGGACAGAAGUUAAAUCUCUGCCUUCAUCUUUCUCAAACCUCAGGAAUCUCGAAACCCUAUGGGUUGAAAACAAAGGAUCACCCUGGGUACUAUUACCAAGAAUUUGGGAUCUUGUAAAGUUGCGAGUGUUGUUCAUUAAUGCUUGUUCUUUCUUUGAUAUGCAUACAGAUGAACCAAUAUUAAUAUCAGAGGACUCAAAGUUAGAGAAAUUGAGAGAAUUAGACAAGCUCGUACUUUCCUAUUCGAAAGAUAUAGAGGAUAUUUUCAUAAGGUUCCCCAAUCUUCAAAGGCUUGUAUUUUAUCUCAAGGAAUCAUGGGAUUAUUCAACAGAGCGAUACUGGUUCCCGAAAUUGGAUUUCCUAACUGAACUAGAAGUCCUCAGAGUAGAUUUUAAAAGUUCAAACACAAAUGACAGUGGACCCUCUCUAGCGACAAAUUGGUCUUGGGAUUCUCAUUUUCCUUCCAAUUUGAAAAUAUUGUCGUUGUGGGACUUUCCUCUGUCAUCCGAUUCACUAUCAAUAAUAACGACACUGUCCAACCUUGAAGAGUUGUUCCUUAUUAGAACAAUCCUCGAGGGGGGAGAAUGGAACAUGAGGGAGGACACCUUUGUGAAUCUCAAAUAUUUGGAGUUAGAUGAAGUGAAUCUUGCUAAUUGGGAGUUUGGAGAGGAAUCCUUUCCCGUGCUUGAGAAAUUAGCACUGUGGAGAUUGCGUAAGCUUACAGAGAUUCCGCCUAAUUUUGGGGAUAUUGCUUCAUUGAAAAUUAUCGAACUUGACGAGAACCCUCACCUUGAAGAUUCAGCUUUGGAGAUUAAACAAUAUGUUGAAGAUAUGACGGGAGAAGACAAGCUUCAAAUCCUUGACGUGGAUAAAAUCCCGUUAUCUAAGACAGAAACAAGAAUAAUGACAGGCUAUGGAACCGAUCAAGAUAGAGGAAACCAAUCAAGUAGAGGAAAACAGAAGUGCGACGAAUAGAGUAAAAACAGAGGAAGGUUCGGACGGGGAUGAAGAACCUGUUGCUUAGAAUUAUUCAAAGUGUGGCUAGAUCAGCAAGGAUAUAUCAGUCUGGCCUCUUCCGAAAUAAUCCAAGAGGAAUCCACUAUCUGAUUUACGUCGAGCAAUAGUAAUUUCCGAUACCAGUUUGUGUAGUGGUUGCUCCACUAGACCUAUCGGUGAGGCAAGAAGCCAAGAAGAGUGCAACUUCGACAAUGACCAAGUUGAUGGGCCACUGCUAUGCCUCGAACUGCAAGUUUGCUACCACCGAGCGCCGCCGACUUCAACUGUAAGUCUCUCUUUGAUACAUAAAUGGAGUUGCCGUUUCUCUGCUAUUGGGAAAGAAAGAAGUGAAACAGAAGGAAGUGGGAUCUCUGCCUGCAAGGACUUAUAAUUGUCACGCAGGCUGGUGGAAUCAACCAUCGAUAAGCAUUUGGUGUUUCAUUAUCAAGAUGUUUAAAUAGGUGUUGCUGUACAACAUUCGGCCUAUUAAUACCUUGAUUGAUGGGCAUUGAAAGAGUCAAGAGUAAUGAGGUGGUGGCACCUUUAAGUCCACUGACAAACUCGAAAAAAUAACUUAAUGAGUUGAAGCUUACAUUCACCAGGUGCAACUUCACCUGUAAUGCAGACAAUUCAAAUUCUCAAGCAUCUAUAUCCACCGCAGUGGCUGCCAGUGCUGAGCAGCUAGUUGAUGCACACGUGAUGAAAGAAAAAGAAGUGCAGGUGUAUGAAUUCGCCUGAAAAUGCUGCUGUAUUGCGGUUGCAGCUAGCAAUACAUGUGUAAAUAAUCUAGCUGCUACUCUUGUUUUACCGUUAUCACCUAGAAUCUAUUGCUCAUAAUUAUUCAAAUGUGGUUAGAGCAGCACAGAUACACAAAGGCGAAGCCAGACUUUAAAGUUUAUGGAUUCUGAACUUUCCACUGAA